AUGCAUUUCGUCAAAAAAGUCCCAACAAGCGAGGAAGAGAAGGCGGUGAAAGAAAAGGAAAGAUCCAUAAAACUCAAAGUUUUCUGUACUGUUCGAGAUCACAUAUUCGAGAAAAGAAAGAGAGGUGAACUUGAUGAUGAAAUGCUAAGCCUGACCCAGAGGUUACUAGAAAAGAAUCCUGACAUCUACACGUUCUGGAAUAUUCGAAGAGAUACAAUCGAGAAGAAGAUCGCAGCUUGGAAAGAAUCUCAAGUGUGUCAGUUUUGCCGUUUAUACUUUGCUCACCAGCGUUUAUUCAGUUCAGCUUUAUUAUGCUUUACUAUAAAUAUUCAGGAUAAGGCGCAGGAUGAAGACGAAAAGGCCUCAUAUGGAAAGAAGAUUGAAUAUCUCCUUGGUGGUGAACUGUUUUUGACACAAACGUGUCUCGAAGCAAAUCCUAAGUCCUACUCUGCUUGGUUCCACCGCGGAUGGGCUUUGAAAAGAAUGAAGAAUCCCGAUUUCAAGCGCGAAUUGGCUCUCUGCGAGAAAGCAUUGAAGUUGGAUUGCAGAAAUUUCCACACAUGGGAUCAUAGACGUGUAGUUGCAAAAUUAGCAAAGCUUGGCCAGGAUGAAGAACUAGAAUUUUCAAAUAAACUUAUUGGAGAAAAUUUCUCUAACUACUCGGCUUGGCACUAUAGAGCUGUGCUCUUGCCAAAAAUGCAAAAUAGUAAAACUGGAGAGUACAAGCUUGAUGAUGAUACUGUUGCUGCUGAAUUGAAG